UUAACUGAUGCCACAAACUUUGCAAUAGAUAUGGGCAAGGAUGGCAACAACUUUGCACUCCACUUCAACCCAUGCUUCAACCUUGAUAAUGAUCAGAACCUCAUUGUCUUUAACACCACGAUUGAUGGCCAACUUGGAGAAGAGCAAAGGGAGAACUACUUCCCCUUUAAGAAAGGGACCACAGUGGAGGUUUGCAUAAAAUUUGAAUGGAAUUUCUUUGUGGUGAGGCUGCCUGAUGGUCAUUACUUGAAUUUUCCCAAUCGCACCGAAACAACAAAAAUUGACUACGUGCAAGUUAUUGGUGACUUUGUAAUCAGAACCUUUGCCUUUGAGUGAGCCCUGCAAUCAAGCCAGCUUCAGACCAUUCUGGACCCUUGGGUCUCUCU